AUGCGCUUGCUCGGCAGCGAAUCAAAGCUGGCCGAGUGCCGGCACGGAGGGAUUGGAUCUCACAACUGUGGUCACAGUGAGGAUGCUGGUGUCGUCUGUGAAGUUCAACCAGGACCAAACUCCACAGUUUCACCAACCACACCUGAUCCAGGAUCUCAGACCUUCACCUCUGCUUCGCUCACAUCUGGCACCCCUGGAACAACAGCAGUGGACAACAGCACAGGAGUCGAGGGACAGGUCCGCCUGGCCAAUGGAGGAAACAGCUCCUGCUCUGGCAGAGUAGAGAUCUUCCUCCAUGGACAGUGGGGGACGGUGUGUGAUGACAACUGGGACCUGAUUGAUGCUCAGGUGGUGAUUAGCUGGGUUGUGGCAGGGUCCUGUCAGCACCACCCAGUGCGUUUUGGAGAGGGCAGAGGGCCCAUCUGGGUUGGGGAUGUCGCCUGCUCCGGCAGCGAAUCAAAGCUGGCCGAGUGCCGGCACGGAGGGAUUGGAUCUCACAACUGUGGUCACAGUGAGGAUGCUGGUGUCGUCUGUGAAGGAGUCGAGGGACAGGUCCGCCUGGCCAAUGGAGGAAACAGCUCCUGCUCUGGCAGUGUAGAGAUCUUCCUCCAUGGACAGUGGGGGACGGUGUGUGAUGACAACUGGGACCUGGUUGAUGCUCAGGUGGUGUGCAGACAGCUGGGUUGUGGCAGGGUCCUGUCAGCACCACAAAGUGCACGUUUUGGAGAGGGCAGAGGGCCCAUCUGGUUGGACGAUGUCGCCUGCUCCGGCAGCGAAUCAAAGCUGGCCGAGUGCCGGCACGGAGGGAUUGGAUCUCACAACUGUGGUCACAGUGAGGAUGCUGGUGUCGUCUGUGAAGUUCAACCAGGACCAAACUCCACAGUUUCACCAACCACACCUGAUCCAGGAUCUCAGACCUUCACCUCUGCUUCGCUCACAUCUGGCACCCCUGGAACAACAGCAGUGGACAACAGCACGGGAGUCGAGGUACAGGUCCGCCUGGCCAAUGGAGAAACAGCUCCUGCUCUGGCAGUGUAG